AAGGAAGAAGUCACAAUCUCUCGUUUUCCAGUGAAACCAUCAGGCGAAGAAGAUACGCUAUCGGCCAAUUAUGGAGACAUGCCGCUGUACAAGCUCCAAUCCAUGGAGGAGCGUGAUCCGAGUGAGUGGAUCCAAGUGCAAGACCUAACUGAAGUUUUGAAAGACAAGGAAGUGUUAAUCAGAGGCCGGGUUCACACAAUAAAUGUCAAAAAUGAUACUGCCUGUGUUGUCGUUAGACAGAAGGGGUUCACUGUCCAGUGUGUGGUUACUAUUAAACCUGGGUUGGUUAGCCGCCAGAUGUUUGUUUUUGUGGCUGGCAUUAGCCUGGAAUCGAUUAUUGAUGUUCGAGGCUUUGUUUCGGUUCCGUCGUCUGUUCCUAUAUGCGGAACUACUCAGAAGGUUGAGGUUCAAGUGAGUAAAUUGCAUUGUAUUAGUAGGGCAAGCUCGAUCCUGCCUAUUAAUGUUGGUGUUGCUAGCAGCGGUGGGAAGGAAGCUUUGCAGGCUGAUGAACAGCUUUUUCCUGUUGUUAAUCAGGAUACAUGUUUGAAUAAUAGAGUUCUGGACUCGCGGACCGCAGCUAACCAGGAUUUCCAGAUUCAGAGUGAAGUUGUCUAUAUAUGCACGCAGUUAUUAAAUUGAGAAGAUUUUGAUGAAAUCCACGCCUCAAAUUUGUUAGCAGGCGCUAGUGAAGGUGGUGCUUCUGCAUUUAAGCUGGACUACAAGGGGCAACCUGCAUGCUUGGCUCAGUCACAUCAACUUCACAAGCAAAUGGCAAUCUGUGGUGAUAAAGAACGUGUCUUUGAGGUCGGUUCUGUUUUCAAAGCAGAGGAAUCUUACACACCUAGGCAUCUCUGCGAGUUUGUGGGUCAUGAUGUUGAAAUGGAGAUUAAAAAACACUAUUCUGAGGUAAUGGAUGUUGUUGAUCGGUUAUUUAUCACGAUUUUUGACUAUUUGAAUGAGCAUUGCAAGAAUGAACUUGAGGCUGUUCAGAGACAGCAUCCAUUUGAACCUCUGAAGGUCAUUAUUCUUCAAAACUCCCAGAAAUAUCUUCAUGGUUUUCUCUUUAAUAUUUUUGCAAUGGCGGUGUUGCCUAUGGCUGUAGCUGUGGCGGCGAUGGCGGUGAGAGCCACCGGUGGAGGUUCAUCUUUGCCUUUUGGAUUUGGGGAAAAGUAAUUGUUUAGAUGGUAAUAAAUGGAUUUGGGGAAAAGUAAUUGUUCAGCUAGGUUUUUUUUUUUAAGUUUUAAUGAAAAAAUAUAUUAUCGUAUAUAAUAUAUAUAUAUAAGCCGUGUGGGUAUAGUGUUGCCAAAACACGAUAUUUAUCAUUUAGCCCUUUUAUUAUUGAUUAAUUAUAUUGCUGCCACUUUAAAUUGUAAAAAAUAACAAUAAUCAAACCUAUGGGAUUAUUCUCCCCUUAUUAUUUAUUUAUUUUUGGCUUUUGAAUA